AGUUGUAACCGCGCUCUUUCCCUGGACACGUCGUAACAAUUCGCGAUCGUGGCGUCGGGCGUUGUUUUAAUUGGGAAUGAUUGUUCCUAAUCGCGUUUUGAUUCUACUUGUGCCAUCGGUUGGACGUUCGGAGUGUUAUGCAAGUGCGACAGUUGGACUGAUGCAUUUCUCUAAUUUGUGCAUGCAUAGGUCAAGGUUAAUCAGAUGGAAACAGACCAGCACAGUUUAAUGUUCGCGAGCGAGCGAAGCAGCUGGCAUUGGAAAUAAAUAGUGUAAAAAUGCAAUUACAAUUUGCAAGUAUUUGAAAGUGUAUGAAUAGUUUACGAUUUAAUAUAUUGUGGCAGCAGAGCAUAAAUUUAUAUGUGAAACUAAAUAGAUAAACUUGAAGAGAGCAAAAGUGAAACAUGCGCCAUUAUCGGAUGAGCCGUUGAAUGCAGAUGAACAGCUGAUUGCCGAUAGCACGCGCGUGAAUUAACAGACGACGUGUAGACGGUAGACACAUCACAAAACUAUUUGCGGCAAUAACGGAAGAGAAAGCUGCAUGCGGUGGCGGCAAAUGCAUCGGUGAUCAUGAAGCGUGAGAAAGGAUGGUGCGAACAGCUUUGCUUCGAAGGCGGAUUCCUGUUGCUUUGCUGUGUCCUCUGUGUCAACUGUGACGAAGCCAUACCGUUUCCAAGCUCGACACCAAUAGAUGUAGAGGUUACAGCGGAACUAGCACCCACCACGGAAAGUAUCCACACAACGAAAGUGAUAGAGGAAAUAACUGAUAAUAGUAUUACAACAAUUAGCCCUACACGGGGUCAGCAUAGGAAGGAUUUUGAUCUACUCGCGACUACGGUCGAUGACAUUGACGAGUUGUUCGAAUCCAAAACGGCUACACAGACUCAGAUCGAAAAUGGCAGUGGAGGUCUUACGGAACUGGUUACAGUUAAAAAAGAUACGUUGCUAAAUUGUUCCAGCAAUUCUUUCAAUAGAACCAUCAUUGACUUGUCUGUCGGGGGAGACUACCGGCACAUAAGUCCUCGAGCUCACACGCGUCGUAAUCAUGAAGAGCCAAUUUCAGAGGACGAUCGCGUUGCAGGAGAAACGGAACGCGAUAACGACACCUCCCUAACGGCUGGCCUCGACAAUUUAAUUUAUUCUCUCGAGGGAGACUACACAGUUUCAUUGAUUACCGACCAAGACGAUUUCGGCGCCAAUCUUUUUAUUGUGGAUCGCAUCAACGAGCUUCAAUUGAUAAAUGAUAAUGGCACUUUGGGAAUGCGUAUUGUGAUUGUACAAAACAGAUCCAACGUUCAGCGUCGGCUGGAGGAGGAGGUUCGAUAUUUGGGGGAGUGUGUGCCUCAAUCCAUUGGAGUCUUCGUUUCGCUAUCUUUAUGGCCAGUAAUCCAAGCACUGGUAGAUACGUUGGAUUUAAAUAUCUACCCAUUCCCCUGUUCAAAUGAUCUUCUCUACGCCAAGGCAGCCCAUCUGCUUUAUGAACUGCCCUGGUCGAAUCCGAACUCUUCGGUAACGGUGCGAUCAGACCAGGCCGAAUACACCGAAAAGUUUAUUGCGAUGUGUCGGCAUCACCAUCUCUGUCUGGACAGUUCUCCAAGCAAUCAUUCGAUUUCCAUCAUCCUGGGCUCUACUGGAGUCGCCAACUUCGCCACAACCGACACGCUGAUUGUGGUUUUAUCCGGCCAAGACAAGCUAUUUGUUUCAGAUCUUCCGGAUGGAUCCUAUGUGAUUGCAGAAAAUGAAAUCAGUCUUUCUUCGUUUGAAAAUCAGUUGGAUAUAAUAACGAAUCAGCGGUAUGGCACAAAGUUUCUAUCAAGCGAUAUAUUCUCCUCUGCAUCGGUGUUUUUAGAGAUAGUCGAUUUGCUAAAUCUAUCUGCUAGUCAGAACUGCCAAACUAAUAGCAGUGAUCACUGUGGAAGUUUGAAUGAAACCUUGAGGAAUUGGAAGUACUACGCUAAACUAUCCUCGCAGAAAACUGUGUCGGAAUUAAAAUUGGAUAACCUCACGCAACUCAUGACAUUUGAACUGAGACAAAAGUUUAGCUACGUGCUGAAUUCAUCAGAAGUAGUGCUUGAUUUGAAGCCGAUUGCCAGUUCCAACAUCGUGACCAAUGUGACAACGGUUUAUCAAUUGAAUGAGCUAAGUGAUAUUUCCAACGGUGCAUUGAAGCUAGGAAACAUUUUCUAUUGUACCAAAGAAUUUGAAAGUCGUCAUCCUGACUUUGGAAAUCAUCGCCGGCCAGUUUACUAUGGAAACGAGUACGUGGAGAUGUAUUGGCAGAUAAAGCAAGAGCCCUGGGUGGCUGGAGGACUCACGAUCUCCUCGUUGGGAAUCUUAUUCUGCAUGGCGAUAUUGAUUUUUUUGGUUGUUCGUGUUUGCAUGGACGAUGUCCUCGAAGGAAAUCCGCUGAGCAGCAUACUGUUACUAGUUGGUCUGAUAUUUCAAUUCUCCGCUUUUCUUCCAUUCAGUCUCGAAUAUACGGGUUACCUGCCACAAUUUUUGCACAAGGCGGACACAAUACACAAGUGGAAUACCUUAUGUACGGUUAAGAUUUUCCUGGUUUCUGUGUGCUAUUGCAUCACUUUUUCUUUGCUGCUUUGCCGAGCUAUUAUGCUCGCAUCUAUAGGAAGUGAAGGAGGAUUCCUAUCUCACGUCAAUGGAUAUCUACAGAGUGUCAUUUGCGGGUUCAGCACACUGGUUCAACUUGGACUAUCAUCGCAACUGGUCAUUGUACUACAAGCGAAUGCUCGCAAUAUCUCGUGCCACGAGCUUUACUUCGGGAACUGGUUUUGGGCCAUCAUAGCGUACGAUGGGCUGCUCUUGGGGGCACUAGUAUCUUUGUCACCAUUCAUCUUCAGAUCACAGAGAAAUUACCGAGAAGGUAUACUACUGGUAACUGGUUCGAUUUUAUGUCUGGUUAUUUGGAUAACGUGGAUUCCGCUCAGUAUGUUCGGCUACGAAUGGCGAGAAGCAUCUGUAUCGCUCGGAAUGGUAGCAACUGCGACGGCCAUUCUAGUUGGUGUAAUGGUUCCACGGUGCUUCCUCAUGGUUCGCAGCAUUGCAAGAUCAGAUCUAGUGCAAGCUCUUCCAUCGUUGACUUCACUGGCGUUUGCUCAAACAAAUCAAUACAUUUCCGAUCAGAGUGUGUACGAGUGCGUCAACCCUGCCAUGCGCCAGCAGCGUUCUACCACUGCGGAAACCUUUCUGGAGCAUGACGUGGACGAUCCUUACUUGGCGACCAGUGAAAUCCCGACGUUACCUUUACGUGGAAAUCGCCGGAGUCAGCAUCAGGGAGCGAAUGGGAAUGGUUCGGUUAAUUUUUACGGUAUUAGCAAUCCCUACGGUUGCCCGGAUUCUCUUACUUCUGAACUAUCGCCGAACAAGAUAACCCGGUUUUAGGGGCCUACCGGUUAAGGAUCAAUUUUCCAUGAUUCGACGUAGACAGCAUCAUUCCAAAGAUAUUCGGUAUAAGCUAUGUGUUUCAUGCGACUCGCGCUACGACCUAUCAAUCUAGUCAGCAACAUUUUGUACAUUUCUUGAUUAAGGAUCAACUUCUUAUUUUGUACUAUUUAUUUCGAACUCUCACCACGUUAGACCUAAGUGAUAAAAUAAAAUGAGUGAGCUUGAUUUUAAACAAA